CCACACGUCAUUUUUGAUUUCGUCCAAUCUCACUGUUGAAUAUUUAUCCCAGCACGAUCAGCCCACUCCAUAGUUAAAUCUCUCUCCUGGAAAAGAAAAAUUAUUUUCUUUGCCCUCUCUAUAUUCCGUCUCUAGCUAAUACCGAUGUUUAUAAACACGGCAGUUAACUAAUAAAUAACAGCUAUGCCGUCCGCAACCGCAACCGCAACUUCGGCUCCAUCUCCGAUUCUCGAAAUUCCUCCUCAUACAACACCUCAACUACACCACAACCUCAAGCACGACAGCUCUGUUCUUGCGCUCGCCGUUGGGAAUGAUAGUAUAUACGCUGGAACCCAGAAUGGAGAAAUUAUCGUGUGGCUUUUGGGUACAUUUCAGAAGACACACCAUGUGCAAGCCCAUAAACGCAGCGUUAUGUGUCUCUUCCUCUCUGAAGAUGGCUCCCUUCUCUUUUCGAGCGCCAGCGACCCAAUUGUGAACGUAUGGUGCCCCCGAACCAUGACGCGUCUCUAUGAGAUAUAUAGCACGAACGAUUCCUUUGGCGACAUCUUUUCCGUCUCAUAUUCCUCCCAACACGAAACCGUGUACUAUGGUGCACAAAAUACGUCUAUACAAUGGGUUAGUCUAAAAGAUCCCGAUAGGCGUGUCCCACACGAUUCCCCGAAUCAUCCCGACAGAAGGAACCACCGAUUCUUCGACUCCCGAGCUGUUGGUGGAGCCAGUACGCCCCGACCUACGGAUGAACGGUACGACUUAAUACCCCGAUCUCAAACCGUACUGGAGACGGAUAAGAGAGCAAACAAGAUGUUCGCCCAUUACGGUUACAUCUAUUGUAUGCUUAUGGCAAAGGGUGCGACCACCUACACGGAACCAGAUGAGGAUGUUUUAAUAUCGGGUGGUGGAGACGGUACUGUGAAAGUUUGGAAGCUUGGUGGACAUGAAAUCGGUCCAGACGGGUACGAGAACGGAAUCGAAGAGAUAAUGGUUCUAGGGGAGCAGGAUGCUAUGUCCGUCAUGUCGCUCGCUGUUGACGGUUCAUUCCUAUACAGCGGGAAGUUAGACGGCAUCAUCGAGUUAUGGGAUCUCGAUACGAAGCAGAAGCUCAGAGCAAUCAAGGCUCAUAAGGGCGAUGUUAUGGCUAUUAAGAUGGGCUGGGGUUAUCUAUGGAGCGCAAGUCGCGCUGGAACGGCAUGCAAACAUAAUACCGUCCACUAUGGGGAAUAUCAGCGCGAUUCGUCACAGAACGUCAACCAGAAAUACCAAUGCUUAACCCAGUGGAAGGCCCACGAUGGCAAAGUGUUAUCUUCUGCGAUCACUACCUACGAUGGAAAGCACAUGUAUAUUACAGGUGCCAACGAUAACAAUGUCGCCAUUUGGAUGCUCAAGAACAAAGAGACAACUGAGCAGCCGUCACCCGAAGAGCAUGAGGAUAUGAUGAUAACAUCUCUCCGAGAGUUUGUAUCAUUCAAAACAGUCUCUUCUAGGCCCGAGUAUGCGGAAGAUUGUCGUCGAGGUGCCAGCUUCCUCCGCACAUUGUUCAAGAAACUUGGCGGAGAUGUUGACAUGUUGAGCGAUGAAGAUACGUUUCAUCAUCCAGUAGUACUCGCCAAGUUCAGCGGGAAACUUGAGCCAGCCGAGAAGCGAAAGAAGAUCCUCUUCUAUGGCCAUUAUGAUGUUGUAGCAGCGGAGACCAGAAACGGGAAAUGGAACAAUGAUCCUUUCCAACUCACCGGAACUAAUGGAUAUCUUUAUGGUCGCGGAGUUAGCGAUAAUAAGGGCCCCAUUAUGGCUGCUCUCUAUGCUGUCACUGACCUCAUACAAGCAAAGUCGCUGGAUUCAGAUGUUGUUUUUCUCAUCGAAGGACAAGAAGAAUCCGGGUCCCGGGGAUUCAAGGAAACCGUACGCAAAAAUAAGGAUCGAAUCGGCAAUAUCGAUUACAUCCUUUUGGCUAACAGCUAUUGGCUCAACGACGAGACCCCGUGCCUUACGUACGGCCUAAGGGGUGUUAUGCACGCGACUGUUUGUGUUGAAUCUAGAAAUCCGGAUCUUCAUUCCGGUGUUGACGGCUCGUAUAUGGUCAAUGAGCCAUUAUCUGAUCUCAUGAUGUUACUCUCGAAGCUAAAGGGCCCGCGAAACCACAUCAUGCUACCUGGGUUUUACGACGGCAUUCUUCCCUUAACACCUGAGGAGGAAGCUCGAUACGAUGAUAUAUUGUCAGUUCUUAUGGAACAGGGCCAGAAUGGUGUUUCGGCGGACGUGCUCAAGGCUAGUCUUAUGGCGCGGUGGCGUGAGCCGAAUCUCACACACCACAAAGUUAAAGUCUCGGGUCCUGAUGGCAGCUUGAUUAGCAGCCACGCAAAUGCUAAGAUUAGUGUUCGACUCGUCCCUGGACAAGAGGUUGAAGAAGUUACUAGCUCCUUAACUUCCUUCCUGGAGGAAGAGUUCCGCAAUCUAGGGUCAGACAAUAAGCUGAGUAUUCAGAUCGACAACCAAGCCGAACCCUGGCUUGGCGACCCUAACAAUUACAUCUUUCAGACCCUCGAAGAAGCUCUCAUGCAAGCGUGGGCUCCAUUGUUUGACACGGGGAGCAACGGUGUCAGGAACGGUGCAGGUAUAAAUGGAAACCGCACGAACGGCAAACCCAAGCUCCGCAAGCCCCUCUACAUCAGAGAAGGCGGCUCGAUCCCGGCCAUAAGGUUCCUGGAGAAAGAGUUUAAUGCGCCGGCAGCUCAUUUGCCAUGCGGCCAAUCAUCGGACUCGGCUCAUCUGAAUAACGAGAGACUACGGGUGGUGAAUCUGCUGAAGAGUCGCGAGAUCUUCGCCUACGUAUUUAAAAAGCUAUAGACAGGGAGCAUAAUUGCGAAGUUUUGAUGGUUGCCCGGUGUAUAAAGGAGAUGCACACUUAUAUUGAUUUAUCUACUCGCGGUAAUGUAUUGAUACAAAUUAGAAAGUGGAACGACAGCGAGGCGUUUGCGGUGCUCCUACAUUAUAGAAAUAUAGAUACCCUUGGUACUAAUUCCUUUCUGACGUUCUUGAAUGAUGAUCUACUGGUUCUUUAUCCUU